UAUAUAGACUUAUUUUUCUACUGUAUUAUUGACUGUAUGUUUUGUUUAUUCCAUGUGUAACUAUGUCUUGUUGUAUGUGUCAAAUUGAUAUGCUUUAUCUUGGCCAGGUCGCAGUUGCAAAUGAUAACUUGUUCUCAACUAGCCUACCUGGUUAAAUAAAGGUGAAAUAAGGUGCAUAGUACUCAUAGCAAAAAUAAGGUGAAAUAAAAAAAUAAAAAAUAAAAAUCAAUACACAUGAGCUGAACUACUAGUUUUAAGAGCUAACCUGUUUGACAUACUCUUCAAUUCUAUCCCAAAACAGGGCCUCCCGGGUGGCGCAGUGGUCUAGGGCACUGCAUCGCAGUGCUAACUGCGCCACCAGAGUCUCUGGGUUCGCCCCCAGGCUCUGUCGCAGCCGGCCGCGACCGGGAGGUCCGUGGGGCGACGCACAAUUGGGCCAGCGUCGUCCGGGUUAGGGAGGGUUUGGCCGGUAGGGAUUUCCUUGUCUCAUCGCGCUCCAGCGACUCCUGUGGCGGGCUGGGCGCAGUGCACGCUAACCAAGGGGGGCCAGGUGCACGGUGUUUCCUCCGACACAUUGGUGCGGCUGGCUUCCGGGUUGGAGGCGCGCUGUGUUAAAGAAGCAGUGCGGCUUGGUUGGGUUGUGCUUCGGAGGACGCAUAGCUUUCGACCUUCGUCUCUCCCGAGCCCGUACGGGAGUUGUAGCGAUGAGACAAGAUAGUAAUUACUAGCGAUUGGAUACCACGAAAAUUGGGGAGAAAAGGGGAUAAAAAAUAAAUAAAAAAUUGUAUCAGAAAACAUUUACUGAGAAAUGUUAUUUGACAUCCCACCUGAAUUGUAUAACAACUGGCAUGACAACAUUUCAUUGGCCUUGUCAUGCUUAAUUGUAGAUCCUUCAACCGAAGUCAAGAGUGCGACUCCUCAUAGUAUGUUGUACCAAAGUUGACUGACUGAAAGGGAACUUCUGUCUGUAUGGUAUUAGGUCAGUGCCAUUUAAGAUUAGGGAGGGCAAUAAAAAAAAAGCAUGGCCUUAUUUCUAUUACAGCAUUUUGGAUGACUGUCAUUCAUAUUCCAUUCACCCAGCUCAAUGUAACAUCGACAGGUUUAGGCUACUACGUCAUACUCAAAUUUGCCCUAUACCCAUCAUGAGGUUGCUACAAACUAGCCUACAAAUUAAAGUUUAUAACAUUAGGUUCACAGGUUGACAGACAAAUUGGAGUAGUCAAGGUGACAGACAGUGACACAUCCAAUACCACCUUGCAUACUCUUGCCUACAUCUAGCUGAUCUAAAGUCUAAUCAUUAGUCCAAAUUUAAAUAAGUUUAUUGGACAAAAUUCAGGUAGGUCCAUCCCCGUUUCGUUCCGUUUGCUUACGUUUAUUAAAAAAAAAAAGUUUUGCAAAGGAAUUGGCGGAAUGAAUACGCUCCUGAUCCCCCGCACACACAGUUCACUUUCAUAGCAGCCAUACAAACUGCAUCAUCACAUUUACGUGCUCUCCUCCUCUCACAUUUUCGCUUCGACUGUGGACUUCAAUGUGCAACACAACAGCUGUCUGUGACCUCUCCAAGCCAAACCUUAAUACCAUAACCACUACACACAGCCUACAUCGUUGUCCCCAUAUUAGCUAAUGUCAGUCAACAUAGCUACUACAACUAACGCAUUAUUAAACCAACAAACCAAUCCAUGUGUACAAAUACGCAGUACAGUGUACCGCAAGCAGUUUAGCAGUUACACUGGCGGGCCCCGGUGACAAAUUAAUACAACUGAAAGCUUUAGCCAGCUAGCUAACAUAAAUAUCAUUCCUCUCUGAGUCAGGUUGUUGAGUAUGCUAAAUUAGCUGCAUUAGGUAUCGUAAGUGAAACUGAAAAUGUAUCUUUGCUGCUUCUCAAUGUUUGAAGAAAUUAACCUUUGUCUUUCUCCCUCUUUUGAUUCAACUACUCACAUUUUUUUGCACUGCAGUGCUAGCUAGCUGGAAAGUAUGAUUUGACUACUAGAUUAAUUCUCUGAUCCUUUGAUUGGAUGGACAACAUGAGCUCUGAUAGAUUGGAGGACUUUCUCCAGAAGUCAUCAUAAUUACUGUAUAAGUCUAUGGAAGGCGGUGAGAACCAUGAGAAUCCUAGGUUUUGUAUUGAAGUCAAUAUACACAGGGGAGGACGGAAAAUACCUGUCCUCCAGCUACACCAUGGUGCUUACCUUAGAGUGCUGUUGAGGCUACUGUAGACCAUUGCAAAACAGUGUUUUUUUAUCAAUUAUUUGGUGACGUGAAUAUAUUAAGUAUAAUUUUUAUUUAAAAAAAAUGUACUUUAAUGUUUCACAAUUGUUAUUUUUAUGUUGGUCCUCCCCUUCCUCCUCUGAGAAGCCUCCACUAGACUGUAGACAGUCAGUAGACAUGGAGGAUGGGAAGCCUGAUCUGCUGCUAGUCAAAGAGGAGACAGAGGAUGAACCAGAGAGCAUUGACCUGCUGAGUGGACUAAAGAUGGGGGAGCAAGGUAGAUGGCUGGAGGCUAACAGCGGAGCCUGGGCUGCCAUCUUUGAUUCCCAGAUGCAGACCGGUGCAGCCAAGGGCCCGGGGGAAGACAUCACUGAGCAGGCCAAGACCAUAGCGGAGGUGAAGGACGUCUCACUGGAGGCCACAGGACCUUUGUGAAGCCGGCGGGACACAAUACAUGGAGAGAUGGUCAACAGAUCACUGUUGAUGAGGGGAAUGGAACCCCAACCCAGCACAUUAUCAUGGUAGAGUCUGCAGAUGCAGAGGCUGCAGGUCCUGGGGUCAAGCAGGAGAGGACUGAAGGAGAGGAGGACCUACGGCACAGCGGAGACGUCCAGACUGAAGAGUCUGGAGCGCCCCCUGUAGCCACGGAGGACCCCACCACCACCCCAGCGCAGCUAAGGGACCGACGCAGCAUCACGGAGGAGGAGCAGGGUUCAGAUGUGCUGCUGAUGUGUGAGGAGGGUCUGGGGAACUCUAAGGAGACCAUGGUCAUGGAGGAAAACCAGACUACACCACCACCUGAACCCACAGAGGAACCAGUUGAGCAGCACAGGACCAAACAUAGUCUCACUGAGUCAGUAGACAUGGAGGAUGGGAAGCCUGAUCUGCUGCUGGUCAAAGAGGAGACGAUAGAAGACGGUCCAGAGAGCAUUGACCUGCUGAGUGGACUAAAGAUGGGGGAGCAAGGUGGUUGGCUGGAGGCUAACAAAUACUGGGUGGCUGUCUUGGAUUCUCUGACCCUGACUGGUGCAGCUAAGGGCUCGCAGGACGAUAUCACUGAGCAGGCCAGGACCAGAGGCGACAUAUUGGAGUCUGCAGUCCAUGAAGACCUGCUGAUAUCCGGUGUUACUGGCGGGAGAGACUGGACCUCUGAAGCGGCUGGUCACAAACCUUGGCCCCGGAUCAGGACCAUGGAUCAGGAGCCGUCACUCUUCCUUCCCCAGUCAGAACCUGGACCGAACCACGGGGGACAGAGACUCCACCACCACCACACAGAACACAACCAGUGGGCAGGUGGACUGAACAACCUCAGUCCUGGUGGUCAGCAGAGAGACGGAGGCUCCAGUCAGGGAUCCAGUCUGCAGCCCAGACCCUUCUCUUCACAGUCUCAGUGCAGGGAUGGAGCAGGGCCUGGGGCUGAUAGAGACAGACCCUCCUGUUCCUAUAAUACAAACACCACAGCAUCCAUGAUGAAUAGAGCAGGUCACCCUGGGCUUCAGCCUUCACAGAGAGUGGUGGGAGACCCCCCUGGUGGUAGUCUAUCAGCAAAUCUGUCUUCUCCUUCAGGGUCUCAUCUAAUGCCUGGUGACUGGGUUCUUAGAAAGCCUGGACCUGGGUCUAGCCUUCCUCAGUUACCUCAUGGUUACCUCAUGAAUACAGACAGGGUCAGGAUGGGCAUUCGCCUAGCCUAUAACACAACACACAAUCCCAACAACACCCAAACAAUGGCUAGAGGUCAAGGAGGGAGCUCAAAGACUAAUCAACUGAGGGUGGGUCCUGCUUCUACCUCCUCUGGUGUCAUUGGGUCACAACAUGGGAGGCCGAGCGCUAGGACGGACACAGACAUGCCGUACGCCUGCCCCACGUGUGGGAAGCGCUUUGCUGAGGCAAAUUAUGUGAAGACGCACCAGACCGUUCACACCCUUCAAGUGCAAACUAAACUACAAGAGCUUAUCAGACAUAGGAGUGUCCACAACGAGGAGAAAUCGUAGCAGUGCGUUGUCAGAUGUACGCAGGGGAUGUCAGGGAAUCAUUCUUUACCUGGCAUAUUGUUGUUAUCGUGUGAAGUGUCUUGGGGUAAGAGGGUAAUUAACCACAUACCCCUCAUUAACCCGCUGUUUAACUUGUUUUUAAGAGACAGUAAACCUGGGCUAGAACAAGGACAGUUUAAUAUUUACCUUACUGAGGUGAUGUAGAUGGAAUAAAGUUGUUCUAUUCUGUUCUUUCUAAA